GCUGUCGCACGCUUGAUAGAAGAGGAAGAUCCAAUAUGGGCACGUUCCUGGACGCAUGCAGAGCUCGGCAGCGUCGCAAACGAGUUGAGGAGUUGGGACUGGGACGCAUCGGGGCCGGGUCGGCCGCCUCUAUAACACGUGAUAGGCCAAUCCAGCAGCUCUGAACCUUAUCUGAACGUCGAGUCCCUCCGGGUGCCUUAGCUGUCACCGAGCUGUGCAUUGUGAGACCACCCCCAACUCACAACAAGGCACCUGGUCGCGACGGCAAGGGCAUUCAUUGACUUGAUGGCUCUUGGCAUCAACACGCGUCUCCCAAACAUGAUCCAGUCGACGACGUAAAGGCCCGCCCACCCCUUUCAAGCCUGCGAUGCCAACAUGGCCAACAUGGCCAACCGACGGGCUGUGCCGUCCUUCUCCACCGCGCCCUCAUCCAGAGCCGGCCCCGGCAUGCUGCUGCCGGAGCUGCCCCCCAUCUCUGCCCUGUUCCUCAUCGACUUCGACGUCAAGGCCGGAUACACGAUAAUAUGGAAGGAGGCUGUUCCUGGCCUGGAGCUGGAGGGCGUCGUCGAGUACAAGAGCCUCCCCUCUGGCCUGCAUACCGUGCCCGACGACCUGAUAUACUUUGUCCACGAGGACGGCUACGCAGGCCUCAGCGCCUUCAUCAAUGCACCCACCGACGAGGAGGAGUCCCGCCACGCGCGCAUGAUCGCCGUCGGGGUGCUGGUGCCCCUGAGUUAUGGCAGGCUCGGCAGGGCGUGGAGGCACGCCCAGGGGCUCAAGGACAUGGCCGUCAAGCUCGCUGCCGACCGCAAACAGACACAGAUGCUGGUUGAGUACUGGGAGCAGUGUGGGACGCGGGACACCAGCGGGCAAACCCCGGCGCCAGUCGCAGACUCGCCCCUGAACUCCCCCGCCCUGAGCUUCGUGAAGCCGCGCCCAUACGCCAAGGCUGAUGGGCACGCCAGAAACAGGUCCGCAUCGGAAGGGGCUGCCUUGCUGCCUCCGGGGCAUAGGCUCUCGCCCUUCCACCCUGCCUGGAGCCUGAACAGGUUGCUGGAUACCUUCGGGCCCUUGAUCUUCCCCAUCCAGCGUGCGGCAUUGCUGCGCAAGCGCAUCUUGAUAUCGACUCACGCCCCAGUACAUGAGGCAUGUAAUUUUGUAUAUGACAUUUCAAUCCUAGCAAACAUACCCCAUUCUGUAUCUGACAUUCUCGACCCUGCCGCCCCAACCCAGAGGCUGCGCCCCCUGUUCACCAUUGGCGUGCAUGAUAUACCGUUCCUCCUGGCAGACGGCGCAACGAAGCGCCCCGGCCCAGCCCCUACGCAGCAGCCCGGUAUCCUAGGGGGCGACUCCGGCUCUGGCUGGAUUGCGUGCACCACUGACAGCAUCCUGGCGAUGAAGGAGGACCUCUGGGACGUGCUGAUCACCAUGCCCCCAUCACAUACAGCGAACGCCAAGGAGAAGGUCUGGCCGACGGUUGAGUCGCGCAAGGGCGCCGCCAUAAAGGCCACUCAGCGUGACCUGAGGCGCUUCCGAACCCUGAAGGCCGGGCUCAGGCGCCUAGCUGCGACCUCUGCCGUCGUCGAGGAAGACGAGGAGGCCCCAUCCAACGGCACCGAACCACGGCGACCAAGUAAUCUGUCCAACCGGCGGUCUCGCAUGUCGAUGUCUAGCAUCAAGACGACAAGUUUCUUCCCCGAGGGCGAGGACGCCCACGUGCUCGCCGACGCAUCAGACACGAUCGUCGAGCCGAUGACGUGGGCCGCCCUCGCCUACAGCAGCUUCAUGUGGUGGGCCAGCGCGGGCGAGCAGCACCGCUCCGAUGAGGCAGAGGAGCAGGCCUACGACAACUCCCUCAUCGCAGACCUCCUGCCCGCGCCGUCGAUGCACCCGCCGCGCGAGUCAUCAGGCCAGCGGAGGCCGAGCGGCAGCUUCAACGUGACCGCGGUCCAAGAGGGCGGGGGCCUGGGUGACUCGGUCACGUCGCUGACGGCGCGGAGGACGCCCGGGACAGAGGGCGCAUCCCCGUCCCUUGGCGCGGCCGACGAAAAUGAGGAGGAGAGGGCCAGGACAGAGCUGGCCAUCAUCACGUACUUCCACCGGCUGACGACCGGGAUCCUCUCCACGCUGGCCGAGGUGGUCGAGGCCGCGGAGGACUACGACGAGACGGACAUCGAGUCCCGGCCGCAGACUCGCGACGGCGGGGAAGGGGCCGGCGGCGCCGGGGAACACUCGGAAACCCUGUUGCCCGGGGGCGUCAGGAGCGACAGUGAGGAGGUGCCCCGGCCCCAGGUGCGGGUGGACAGCGACGCGCUGGCCGCCAUGGGCCUGGACGUCUGGAGCAGUGCGGACGCGGAGUUUGUGGGGCAGGUGACGGACAUGUAUUUUGGCCGCGAGGCAAAGGUGGAGGGCAAGGGCGUGGAGCUGUGCGGUAUGAGGGUGUGCUGAUUGCGAUGGCCAGGGUGUGCUUUCACUUGUUGUUCUAUGAUCUCGCCACUGUAUAAUAUGGCCAGGCAUGUGAUUGAUACAUUCCACACGGAGGACGGCUAGGUUGAGUUAUUCCCAUCACUGUUACACACUGCAAGCAAACAGGGGUCGGGCUCUCUGUCACGUUGAUACUCGUCAGGGCAACAAUCGCUGGUCAAUAGCAAUAACUACUACACUACG